AUGGCUUCAAACAAGAACGAUAAUAUAAAAUGGACCUCCAAGUGUGUUCGGGACACUUUUCUUCAAUAUUUCAAGAAAAAUGGCCACAAAUUCGUGCCUUCAGCUCCUGUUGUCCCUCAUGCUGAUCCAACCCUACUUUUCACGAAUGCGGGGAUGAACCAGUUCAAGUCCAUAUUUCUGGGCACCGUCAAUCCCCAUUCUGAUUUUGCAACCUUGAAGAGUGCAGUCAAUUCGCAGAAGUGUAUCCGCGCCGGCGGUAAACAUAAUGUUGGUUACAGUGACCUCGAUGAUGUGGGCAAGGACAGCUAUCACCAUACCUUUUUUGAAAUGCUAGGAAAUUGGAGCUUCGGUGACUAUUUUAAAAAGGAGGCGAUUCACUAUUCAUGGCAAUUGUUAACCGAAGUAUAUGGACUGGAUCCCAGCCGUCUUUAUGUCACUUAUUUUGAAGGUAAUAAAGAAGGCGGUCUUGAACCAGACCUUGAAGCCAAGGAGCUGUGGACAGCUGUGGGCGUCCCCAAAGAUCAUAUUCUCCCAGGCAAUAUGAAGGAUAAUUUCUGGGAAAUGGGAGACCAAGGCCCAUGCGGUCCUUGCAGUGAAGUUCACUAUGAUCGCAUCGGUGGACGCAAUGCUUCCUCCCUUGUAAACCAGGAUGAUCCUAACGUUCUUGAAAUCUGGAACAACGUUUUCAUCCAAUACAACCGCGAGUCUGAUGGAUCUCUGCGUUCGCUUCCAAACAAGCACGUCGAUACAGGAAUGGGAUUCGAAAGACUGGUGUCGGUGCUUCAAGACAAGCCCUCGAACUACGACACCGAUGUGUUCAGUCCAAUUUUUGAAACCAUUCAGCAUAUUACCGGAGCACGGGAAUAUCGAGGUUAUUUCGGUGCCGAAGACUUUGAUGGUAUCGAUACUGCCUAUCGUGUGGUGGCGGAUCACGUCCGAACCUUGACAUUUGCGAUUUCCGAUGGCGCAGUACCAAACAAUGAAGGCCGUGGUUAUGUCAUCCGCCGUGUCCUGCGCAGGGGUGCUCGCUAUGCUCGGAAAUAUUUCAAGGUCGAAAUUGGAAGCUUCUUUUCGAAGAUUGUGCCGACUGUCGUAGACCAGCUCGGUGACAUGUUUCCAGAGCUGAAACAGAAACAACAGGAUGUUAUGGAGAUCCUAGAUGAGGAGGAAAUUUCUUUUGCAAAAACACUGGACCGCGGUGAGAGACAGUUCGAGCAAUACGCCCAGCAGGCAAAGAUAACAGGGGACCGCAAACUACAUGGGGCUGAUGUAUGGAGGCUCUAUGAUACAUUUGGCUUCCCAGUCGACCUCACCCGCAUUAUGGCAGAUGAGCGCGAACUCUUGAUAGACGAUCUCGAAUUCGAGGAAGCACGUUCAAAGGCAAAGGAGGCGAGCAAAGGCCAAAAGAAAACAACUACAGGGGCAGUGAAGUUGGAUGUUCACGACCUGGGAAAUCUGGAAAAGAUGAAUGAUGUUCCUAAAACAAACGACGACGCCAAGUUCGAGAAGGGUAACAUCACUUCUCAAAUCAAAGCGAUUUACCAUGGAAAGGCUUUCCAUUCAUCAACUAACGCAAUACCUGAGACGGAGCAGUUAGGUAUUAUACUCGACCGCACCAACUUCUAUGCCGAACAGGGUGGACAAGAAAAUGAUACAGGCCGCAUUGUUAUCGAUGGCAAGGCAGAGCUGGAGGUUGUCGAUGUCCAGCUCUAUGCUGGUUAUGUCCUUCACACCGGCUUCAUGAAGUAUGGAUCCUUCAAUGUGGAGGACACUGUCAUUUGUGAAUAUGAUGAGCUUCGUCGAUGGCCAAUCAGGAACAACCACACAGGAACACACAUCCUGAAUUUCGCCUUAAGAGAGGUGCUCGGUGAUGGAAUAGAGCAGAAAGGGUCACUCGUUUCUGCUGAGAAGCUGCGGUUUGACUUUUCUCACAAGUCUCCUAUCACAGAUGCGGAGUUGGCUAAAAUCGAAGAAUUAUCGACUGAGUACAUUCGACGCAAUUGCAACGUAUACUCGCAGGAGAUUCCUCUUGUCACUGCGCGCCAAAUUUCCGGGGUCAGGGCUGUUUUUGGCGAAACAUAUCCUGACCCUGUUCGCGUUGUUUCUGUCGGCGUGGAUCUCAAACAAAUAUUACGAAAUCUUGAAGACCCAAGGUGGAAAGAAGUUAGUAUCGAGUUCUGCGGCGGUACCCACGUACAAAAAACAGGUGAUAUAAAAGAACUGGUCGUUCUGGAAGAAAACGGAAUCGCAAAAGGCAUUCGCAGGAUUAUUGCUGUCACGGGUGAGGAUGCCUAUGAAGUACAACGCCUAGCGGCAGACUUUGAGAAACGGUUGGAUCAGCUGCAGGCCUUGGCUUUGGGACCAACCAAGGAGCAAAAUGCAAAACAAAUCCAGGUUGAACUUAACCAGCUCUCUAUAUCCGCACUACAGAAGUCGAAGUUUCGGGAACGCUUCAUGCAAAUCAACAAACAGAUUAUCGACGAGCAGAAAGCGCAACAGAAACUCGAGUCCAAGAAAGCUAUUGAAUCUAUCACUUCCUACUUUCAGGACCCGGAGAAUGCAGCCAAGUCCUGGCUCAUCGCCAGACUCCCAAUAUCGGCAAAUUCAAAAGCCGUCAGCGAGUCUUUGAACUACGUGAAGUCAAAGCUCCAGGAUAAGACAGUCUAUGUUCUUGCUCCAAGCUUAGAGGAGGGCCGUGUAGCCCAUGGCUGUUAUGUUUCAAAAACAAUGAGUGAUCAAGGCGCUUCUGCCAGUGAGUGGGCAAGUACCGUGUCACGAGCCGUUGGGGGCAAGGCUGGGGGUAAAGGGCCGACUUCCAUUGGCAAUGGCAUCAACGCUGACAAAGUCGAUGAUGCUAUAACUUUGGCUUCCGAAUAUCUCAGUAGAUUUAAGCUUUAGUUUUAUGUCCUUGAGUAUGCAAGGAUGAUUUGCUAUUUAUGAUUUUUUUAAGGAAAAUAUAUCUUUUUGGGGCAAUUCAAUGGUGUUUCUAUUUACAUUUCACCACACUGAAUGAUUGUCACAUCUUGGUUUGGCUUUUCCCUCGUGGUGCGAGUGUUUUCAAUCAUUUGUACAAUGUCCAUUCCUUCCACUACUUGGCCGAACACAACAUGUUGACCAUUCAAAUAUGGUGUUGCAGUCGUAGUUAUAAAAAACUGGCAUCCAUUCGUAUUUGGCCCAGAAUUCGCCAUACUCAGUAAACCUGCGCGAUCAUGCUUGAGUUUGAAAUUCUCAUCUGGGAACUUUGCUGUCCCAUACACGCAACAGGAACCUGUACCGUCACCAUUGAUAAAGUC